AUGUAUAAUCAAAAUUUGUUUUCCUAUGUAGUAAACAGUAUUUUAAUAGCAGAAAAAUAUGGAAUUAAUUAUGUGAAAGAAUGGAAUUUUGAAACAUGGAAUGAACCAGACCAUACUAAAGAGUUGGAAUUUAAUUUUACAAGAAAAGGUUUUCUUAAUUAUUAUGAUGCAUGUUCAGAGGGAUUAAAGUUAGCAGAUGUCAAUCUUACAUUUGGUGGACCUGGUGGUUCCUGUCAUGAUCCAUCCACUGGUCGGUCACCUUUAUGUUGGGCUCUUAUGGAACAUUGUAACAAUGGAAAAAAUUUUUUUACUAAGAAAAGGAGUGUUAGAAUUAAUUUUAUAUCAAUUCACAAAAAAGGCAAUGGAACUUCAUCUGAAAUUAUACAGGAUGAAUUAGAAACAAUGAAUAUAAUUAUGAAACAUUAUCCAAAGUUAAAAAAUACACCAUUAUAUAAUGAUGAAAGUGAUCCCAUGGUUACUUGGUCUAAACCUCUAGAAUGGAGAGCAGAUGCAACUUAUGCUGCCAUUGCCAUUAAAAUUAUAGCACAACAUCUUGAAAUGUUUUAUACAAAUAACACUCCACCUUUCAAUUACAAUCUUCUGAGCAAUGAUAAUGCAUUUCUCAGUUAUUAUCCUCAUCUGUUUACACAGAGAACAUUAUUUGCCCGAUUUCAAAUGAAUAACACCAAAACGCCUUACACUGAAUUUGUAAAAAAACCUAUUUAUUCUGUUUUUGGACUGCUCAGUUUACUUGGUAAAAAAUUAAUUUAUGUUAAAGGAAAUUGGAGAAAUUCAAAAACAUUAGGUGCAAUAGCAACACUCAAUGAUGAAUCUGAAAGAUUUGAAUUUGUACUACUGUUGUACAAUAGUCUGGAUACUUUCAAUAUUUCAAGUUACAAUUAUUUAGAUAUUACAAUUGAUGGACUUAAUAUUACAUCAGUAAAAGACUUUAGAAUGGUUCAAUAUCACAUAAAUAACGAAGAAACAAAUCCAUAUUUUUGGUGGAAAAAAUUUGGAUAUCCUCCAUAUCCUUCUAUACAUCAGUUUAAGGUCAUGAGAUCUGUAGAGGGUCCAUUUCGGUUGCAUAAACCAAAAAAACUAUCUUAUCCACCAUGGAAGUUUUACAUGAAGAUACUGUUGCCUGGUGUUAAUUUGUUAUAUAUCUGUGAUAAGCACAAUUUACCAACCUAUGUAAAAAAGAUCCAAAUACUGAGUAUUUCUCAACAAAGUAUCAUUAUAACCUGGAAAGAUCCUUCUAAUAGAUGCCUUUUAACCUAUGAGGUUCAGCAUUCUCCAAAUGGUAUUUUGAGAACUUAUACAAGGAUUAACCAAAAAGACACAGUUUUUCUAUCAUUUACAUACAUGCAAAAGUUACAAAAUUCAAGUCAAACUUUUCAUUGGAAAUGCCCAUUCAAAGGAUUUUACAGAGUUAGGGCUGUUGAUUUUUGGAACCAGAUGGGUCCUUACUCACAACCUGUUUUCUAUUCGUGUUAGCAGAGUAACAAGUUUUCUAAAAGCAUUAUUCACUAUAUGUAUACUUGUCCAAAUUUAAUGUGUGUUAGACAUAUUAAAUUUGGAAAAGUAUACAUGUAGUGAAUAAUGCUUUUAGAAGUAGUUUACUCAAUUAUCAAUUAUUCUCAAUCAUUUUUGUAUUUUUAUUUUCAAGAUAAGUUAGACUAAAAUAUUAAGUCUAGUAUCAGCACACAAAUUAGAAAACUAAUUAAACCUGGGUAUUAAUUUUAAGUUCAAAUAUUCAAUAGAUUUAUCACAUAAAUUUUAGAAGGUGCAAAAAAAUCUAAUUAUUCAAAAUAUCAAUUAUAUACUUUUAGAUACAAUUCAAAAAUAAAAUAUAAUUUCUACUUGGAGUGCUGAUAUUGGGCUACAUAGUCUGAAAAUGCUUUUAAAAGAAUAAAUAUUUUUAUUUGAAUCUCCACUUGGCCACUUUUUUCUGGGUAAAUCUGGGUUUUUAAAACCCCAUCAAGGUUUUUUCCCAUCUAGACCCAAGUUUUUUCAAAUGUCAUGGGUGGCAUAUAUUUAUUUAUUUAUUUAGACAUACUGGGAAGAACCCAUGAUGCAGGGAAUACAAAAAUCAUUACAUAUAUGUUACAAACAAAAAAAUAUUUAAACAAAAUAUCCAAAUACAAACAGAAAACAAAAUUAUGGGGAGAACUAUCCAAACAAAAACAAUGUUAUGAACAAAAAUUAAUUACACCCAUCUAUAAGAGAAAAAAGACUUGAUUUAUCUCGUCAAAAUGUGGAUAGUCUCCCAAAACUUCUUAGCCACACACGCACUUUUAAAGGAAGAAAAGCAAACGCCACCUUUGGGCAAAAUCAAAUACUCCAAUAUGCAAAAACAAACAAAAAUGUACUUCACACUCCGUACAAAGGAUCACAAUAAGGUCCAAAAAAUUCUCAAAUGGAAUAAUAGAUACACCAAAAACACUUUCCCAAAUUUUUUCUAAAUUAGUACACUUAGCUAUGACAUGUAAAGCAUCCACUAGAUGAUCAUCCUAACAAUACAUGCAAAUUUCUCUGCAAUAAUUCUGCAAAAAAUUAAGAGAGUUACAUCUGAUUUGCAUUACGUAGAGCUAAUAUUGAAAGAAAAAUUGUUAUUAUAAAUCGAACAGUCAAAAAAAGAUUUGUUUAAGUGCUUAUACCAAACCUUAUAAGAGCUUACAUUAAUACGUCGAUUCAAAUCAAGAAUAAAAUUAUCAAAAUAAUUUAAUUUUAAGAUAGAGCAACAGUGUGAGAGUCGAAUUUAGGGAAUAAAUUGUUAAAUAAUUUUUUGUUGAGGGAGGAAAAGUGUAAAGAAAUAAAUUUCAAACCGAUAUAAAAAACGAACAUAAAAAUCUUUUCCCACGAACUUAGUUCCUUGUCAAGUAUGAUACAUCGAAUGUGUCACCCGAAAUCUCGAAAAAGGCUAUUGGUCAGUGGUGAAGAAAACAGUCCUAAUAAGGCAGUGGAAAAAACCCAACGAGACCCCGUUUAUAAAAAGGAGGGGUCGAUACGUAAGAGUCAGUCUCUGGAAAUUGGUGCACUGGGAAUUUUACGUGAACGGAUUAGCCGCUACCCGGAACUCAUCUAAUCGCCGCUGUUCGGAAGGACUACGCCCAACAACGUUCGAAAGAACUUUGUGCAACUGGGAAAAAGCAUAUCAACGUUCGAAAGA